AUGUUAUCAUCAUCUUGUCUUAAGGAAUCACCCAAAAUGCCGUGUCGCGAUUGUUCACCUCCCGCGGAGAAAUCUUCCAGACCUCGCACCGAUGACGAGGGUCUCUCUGGGCGCGCUUAUCAGUUAUUUUCAACGAUGCUACCCGAAGGGUCCGCUUUAUUGUCUAGUUCGUGUUGCUGGCUACCAACUCUGCUUGACUUCAUUUUUGCUGGUUCUAUCACCGCAGUUGGCGUGCAAAAGCUGCGAUUUUUCUUUUUGGCCAUUUCUGUCUUGACUCUGUCCGCCAGCAUCGCGCGUGAAGGCUUCAGCCGUGGUAAUGUUCGGCGCGCAAUCAUUUGUGCUGGUCUACUGGUCUGGACACAGUAUAGUCAGCGUGCUCAGGCUCAUCAUAGCUGUCAUUGA